GCAUGAACGACAAUAAUUACGCACAGGAAUCCAGCUCAGCGCGCAGGGAUGCUGCGUUCAAGUGUCGCUCGGACACCACGCGUCGACGGAAGCGCACCACCUUCACCAAGGCGCAGCUUAGCCUGCUGGAAGGGACCUUCUCUGUCACACAGUACCCCAACAUUAAAAUAAAGGAUUGUCUCGCCGACAUAACCGGUCUACCGGAGUCUAAAAUCCAGGUUUGGUUUCAAAACAGACGCGCUCGCCACUUUAAGAGCAAGAAACUAAGCAGAGAGGCUUCUGGACUUCAUGCAGACCUGCAGCCGGAGUUCAUCCUAAACGCACGCGGCAUUCAGCUGGACCCGGGUCUGCCGUCCCCACCAGGAUACCCCGCUCCAAGUCUGCCUCAGUCCUCCAGGCUCUCUACAAUCCGGAACCCCGACUCAUCUACAUCCUGGCACCCGCGCGGAUCCUACCAAGACCACUGCUCAGACUUUUCUGAUUUGUGUGAAAACGUGCACACGUACAGCGGACUCGAUGAUUGUUCGGAGGCUUUCCUCGGAGACGCGCACGGAUCCCGGCUGGAGUGCAGCAGCUCUCAUCCCGAGAACAACGAGACCCUCCUGCAGGACCCCAACAGCCCCCAGGAGUCUCUGGAGGACCUGUCUGAUCUGGACCUCCAGGAUCUACUGGGCGACUUCAAGCCGUCAGAUUUGGACAUUUCUGUUGCAAUAAUGAUUGAUGACCUUUUUGGACUGUAUCACUAA